AUGGUGCGGGAAGAUACGGGCGUGUCCAGUGGCCACGUGAAAGUAAAAGUAAAAAUACAUAGCUAUUCUUACUCUUUUCUUGUCUUAAGGGUUUUUAAGAAGACGAGUGGAAAUGGGCAGAUGACCCUUUACUUGGGGAAGAGAGACUAUGUUGACCAUGUGGACUCUGUGGACACUGUUGAGGGUGUAUUGAAGAUUGACCCAGCAGACCUUGGGGACAGGAAAGUUUGGAUCCAGUUGGCUUGCGCCUUUCGCUACGGUCGUGAUGACCUGGAUGUGAUUGGACUGUCCUUCAGAAAAGAUAUCUGGAUAAAGCACGUUCAGAUGUACCCCCCAGCAGACCACAAGCCCAAACUUACUGAAAUGCACGACACCCUGCUGAAGAAAGCCGGUGAUCAGGCCCACCCCUUCACUUUUGAGAUUCCAACCAACCUGCCCUGCUCUGUGACUCUACAGCCUGGACCAGAUGAUUCUGGAAAGGCUUGUGGUGUUGAUUUUGAAGUCAAGGCCUAUUUGGCCAAAGAGGCUGAUAACCCCGAUGAGAAAGUGGACAAAAAGGACACUUGUCGCCUUGUCAUCCGUAAGAUCCAGUUUGCCCCAUCCCAGCAAGGUGCCGGGGCCAAGGCUGAUAUCUGCAAGAAUUUCAUGAUGUCAGACAAGCCUGUCCAUAUGGAGGCUUCUCUGGAUAAGGAGAUCUACUAUCACGGUGACCCGAUCCCCAUCAAAAUUAAAGUCAAGAAUGAAACCAACAAAGUGGUGAAGAAAAUCAAAGUAACUAUUGACCAGACCACAGACGUAGUUCUGUACUCAGCAGACAAAUACACUAAGAAUGUGUUGACCGAGGAGUUUUCGGAGACAGUGGAGGCCAAUGGAUCUUUGGAUAAAACCCUCUCGGUCACUCCACUGCUAGCCAACAACAAGGAGAAACGGGGCCUAGCGCUGGACGGCAGGCUUAAAGAUGAAGACACCAACCUGGCCUCCACCACUGUUAUACGGCCAGGCAUGGAGAAGGAGGUUCUGGGUAUCCUGGUGUCCUACAAACUCAAGGUGAACCUGAUGGUGUCUGGAGGAGGUCUGCUUGGAGGUCUUACAGCCAGUGAUGUCACAGUGGAGCUACCCUUGACCCUGAUGCACCCCAAACCACAAGGUAAAUGUCUUUGUCUGGAUGGCGGUCAUUACCCUUGUGUAGAUUCCCCAAACGGAAGACGGGACAUAGACUGA